AUGGGUCGAGAUGCGAGUGGGGCCAGGGCUGGUAUAAAAGGGGCACCGUGGCAUCUGUGGAGCAUCAGUCCUCUAAUCCAAGGAACAGCAGCAACCAUGAGGGCAUUCAUGAUCGUGGUUCUCGCCGCAUCGGCGAUGGCGCGACCGGAAGCAGGCUACUCUUACUCUCAACCCAGCUCUAGUUACGGAGCACCUGGCGGUGGUGGAUCCACUGGAUUCGGCGGAGGUGUAGGCGGUGGACUUGGCGGACUCGGUGGACUAGGCGGGCUUGGCGGUGGAGGUGGCGGAGGAUUCGGUGGCGGUGCCGGUGGCGGUUUCGGCGGUGGUUUCGGAGGCGGUGUAGGCGGUGGAAUUGGAGGCGGUUUCGGAGGCGGUGCAGGUGGUGGCAUCGGAGGUGGUUUCGGCGGUGGAGCAGGUGGUGGUGGCGGCGGCGGUGGCGGUUUCGGAGGAGGUACUCUCAUCCAGAAACACAUUUACGUUCACGUGCCACCACCAGAAGCACCGGAAGAUAGACCUGCCAGACCCAUUGCGCAACCAGCACCGCCACAGAAACACUACAAGAUCAUCUUCAUCAAGGCGCCAACUCCUCCCACUACUGCUCCUGUUAUCCCUGCUCUUCCUCAGCAAGACGAACAGAAGACGCUGAUCUAUGUGUUGGUUAAGAAACCGGAAGAAGCGCCUGAGAUCUCUCUGCCUACCAUCGCGCCUACCCAACCAAGCAAACCGGAAGUUUACUUCAUCAAAUACAAGACUCAGAAGGAGGUCACGUCUGGAGGAGGUGGUGGCGGCGGCGGCGGUGGCGGAAUCGGCGGAGGAAUCGGCGGAGGAAUCGGUGGAGGAAUCGGUGGAGGAGUUGGAGGUGGAAUCGGCGGCGGAAUCGGCGGUGGAAUCGGCGGCGGAAUCGGCGGCGGCAUCGGCGGUGGCAUCGGCGGUGGUGGAAUCGGCGGUGGUGGCUUGGACGGCCAUGGUGGAAGCGGGCCAAGCGGACCAAGCACGUCCUACGGUGCUCCCAGUGCUUCAGGAGGGCCUUACUAGUCACACGAAAUGCCCGUUGAACCCCGCAGCUCCUCUUCCAUUCACAAUCGGACCCAUCUUAACGCUCCGCGACACGCACGCAUUCACGGCUUCGGCCACGGCUUCAGCCACGGCUCAACAGCGUCCCUUUUGGACGCGAAUCUCUGUGAUCCUACGUGGACGACCACGGCGACGAGCAGGAACACGAUCGACGGACCAAUCGAUGCCAAGAUAUGGCUCCUGCUCGCGAUUCGGAGUUACACGAUUAGCAAGAAUUAUAUGAGAACGACCACGAUCAUAUGGAUGACCGUGACGACCACGAUGAUAACCACGAUCAUGAUGAUGAUGAUGAUGAUGAUGAUGAUGAUGACGACGACGACGACGACGAUGUUGGCGACGAACGUUAGAAGAACGAUAACCAAGAAGAAGAAGACAACGACGACGACGACGACGACGAUUAGGAUUAAAAGUUUUUUUAUACGUUACUUUUUGCAAGAAAACGGUGGCGAAAUAAAGCUUUUUUUAUGUUUUUUACAUAAAUAUCCUGCUUUAUCAUUUAUUUACCAGAUUCAAUCCUCCUCCUCCUCAUCUUUAAUUUAUUACAUAUAUAUAUAUAUAUAUAUUAGUAAUUAUUAGUUGAAACAUCAAUGCAGGGCAAAGAAUGUUGAGUCAAAAUGAAAAUUAUGAUGAUGCAACGAAUGAAACAACAAUGGAGAUAAUGAUCAAUAGCGACAACUGAGAUCAGAUAGUGCUGUGUAAUUAUCCAAUGACAAUGAUGACAGUAAUCACUGUUUUAGUCUAACGUUGAAAGUAAUUGAAACUAAGGCUGCUGUAUUAAAAAUAAAGAUAAAUUUUUGAGAAAGCAAUAUGAGAAUCAGGAUUGAUACUAAAAGAGAAAUAUAGAAUUGUAGAAUUGUAAAAUAGCAAGGUAAAUAAAAUGCCAAAGAAGAAAGUUAAGAAUUAUCUAAAUAGCUACUAAAUUUCACCAUGAAUCAUAUACGACUGCAAAGUUAGCCUUUAAUCGUUGUUUCGAAAGUGUCUGUAUUUACUAAAGAAAAAAUAUAGUGUAACGUUAACUAGACACGGUAAAUAAUUUCCAUUUCAAUUCAAGCCUUGCGUUACCCUCUUAUUUACGUGAAUAAAGAGAAACCGAGGUAGGUAGCAAGUUGGUUUCGUGUCGUACAUACAUACGGAUACAUGUAUGUAAGUACAUACAGAAUUCUGCAUAUGAUGAGAUAAAUCGUGUGAUAAAUGCCUUAUUGUGCAACGAGCUCGGACUAAAACGCUCUACUAGGCUAGGAAACAUUCUGAUCCACACCACCCAGUGAGAAAUCCCACUGUGGUCCACCUACGUGCUGUGUUGACGCGAAUGUCUCACUCUUGCGUUAUGUGUAUGUACACCUUGUCGAAAGAUUUCUAUCAACUUGAACAAUUCUAGUUAAGCUUUUGUCUUUACAGUAUAAUUCAACUAUUAACCCUAAACAAAUAAAACAUACAUACAUAUGUAUUUAGUAUACUAUAUACUAUUUUUAUAAUGUUGACUUACUGUCUCAAACUAAAAACUAAAAAAUAAUCAACUUGUCGGUAGGAGGUUACACAUUUACUCUUCCUUAGCUACUCUAUCCGAUUCGGUUAGGUAGUAUAUUUUCUACAUCCAAGAGUACAUAUAAGCUAUUAUAGAAGAAGCAAUUGCAAACUCUCAUUUUCACUCAAGUAAAUCGUCGACGAUGCUCGACCUCGGAGAGUGGCUUCUCAGUGACAGAAAGAGAAGAAGAGUCCUUCAUCUUGAUUAGUAGCUGUUUAAGAAUAGUGAAAGUUUCUCUGCUGGCUUGCGUCACGACGCGACGUGACGCGACGCGACGCGACGCGACGCCUUUCCCAAAGAAGACGCGGAAAUCGACGCCUUCCUCUUACACGGACGAUCAAUCUUUUCAGCGACUAUCAUUUUUAACAAGUUAACUAUUCAUUCUCUCCCCCAUCUUCCGUUUUAUACCACUGUGUGCUUGUGUAAUUUAUAUAUUUCUUUAGACAUUUUUCUUACCUUGCCA